AAAUCUACCUGCUUCAACCUUUCUCUUUUUCUUCCUUGUCUCAAUCUCUCUUAUUCUACCUUAUAUGUUUUAUAGUGUCUCUUUGGCCUUCCACUAUCAUCCUCCAUCCAGUAUCAUCCACUAUCAUCUAUCAUCCAAUAUCAUCCAUUAUUAUCCACACUAUCAUCCACAAACUACACUCUACCCUCCCCAACAUAUCAGCAAUAUCAUCCACGAAUUACAUUCCACCUCCCAAAAAAUAUCAGCAUUGUCAUUCGCAAAUUAUACUCCACCAUCCGCAAUAUGUCAGCAUUAUCCACAGAUAACACUCUACCGUCCACAAUAAAUCAGCAUUAUCAUCCACAAUUAUCCACAGAUUAUCCACAGAUUAUCCACUAUCAUCCAAUAUCAUUCAAUAUCAACCAACACCAACAUCAACCAACAUCAACCAAUAUCAACCAACAUCAACUAAUAUCAACCACAAACCAUCAUCCACAAUACAUCAUCUUUCUCGUUAAAUACCAUCCACUAUCAUUUGCAAAUUACACUCUACCAUCCGCAAUAAAUCAGCAUUGUCAUUCAGUAUCAUCCAAUAUCCGCAUUAUCAUCCAGUAUUAUCUACACUAUCAUCGACAAAAUAUUAUCAUUAUCAUCUUCAAAUCACACGUCCCCAUCCACAACACAUCAGCAUUAUCAUCUUCAAAUCACACCUCCCCAUCCACAACACAUAUCAUCAUUGUCAUCUUCAAAUCACACGUCCCCAUCCACAACACAUCAGCAUUAUCAUCCACAAAAUAUCAGCAUCAUCACUCCACCGCACCCACCCCAGCAGGCCAUCGCCGCAGCUACAUGCACUCCCGCUGCCUGGUGUUCUCCACGUAGAAACACCCCACCCAAAAACCACAAACCCGCCGCCCGCCAAACCCGGCCCCGCACAUCCAGACCCCACACAUCCAGACCAGGCGCCCCGGCGCAGCCUCGGGCCCGGCGUU